AUGGAGGCGUACUGCAACACAGUACGUCGCCUCGAAGACAAGUUCGACAGGCUCAAGCUCAACCACAUCACGCGCAAGUACAAUGAGGAAGCGGACGAACUAGCCAAGAUCGCGUCUGGGCGGACCACCAUUCCCCCGAACGUCUUCGCCCACGACCUCGCCAAGCCAUCCGUCGACUUCAAGAAUCUAGCAGAACUCAUCGGGGCAGCGCCCGAACACUCAGGGGCUGCGACCGCCGAGCCCUCGGCCGAAGACCCCUCGACGGAGGGGUCCGAGGCCAUGGACACGGAAGCCGAGAUGUCCUCGACGGAUGAGGCUGAAGUGAUGGAGAUUGAUGAGGCGCGGCGCAUCGCCAGGUGGGCCAAGUCUUUCAUCUUGAUUGAUGAUGAGUUGUAUAGGCGCAGUCCCUCGGGCGUUCUGCAACGUUGCAUCCCCAUCCCCGAGGGCAAGGAGCUGAUUCGAGACAUCCACGCCGGGAUUUACAGUCACCACGCGGCGCCGCGCACCAUUGUCGGUAACGCAUUCAGGCAGGGCUUCUACUGGCCCACCGCGGUCGCCGAUGCCACCGAUGUCGUGCGGACCUGCAAGGGCUGCCAGUUCUACACCCAGAAGACACACCUCCCAGCUCUUGCUUUGCAAACCAUCCCCAUCACGUGGCCCUUCGCCGUGAGGGGACUGGACCUCUUCGGGCCGCUACAGAAAGCGCCCGGGGGUUCACCCACAAGCUUCACCCCGUUCUUCCUCAUCUACGGCGCCGAGGCCAUCCUCCCCACGGACUUAGAGUACGGGUCACCGAGGCUCAAGACGUAUCAAGAGCAACAGAACAAACAGGCCGCGAGGACUCGCUAG